AAAUUAAAUCUGACGAAAACUCGGUGAUCAUAGGAAAAUUGCUGCUACGACUUAGAAAACAGAGAAAGAGCAGACAAUUAUUUGAGAUUACACAGUUUCCGUGAGAUUUAAUUUGUUAUUUGGACCUGUGUUAUUGUAUUAAGUUACCCUACUACAUUGUGAGUUUAUUGAAAUCACUGCAACAACUCAACCGGCUUUUGAUUCGGUGCUCGCUGGGUGGGCAUUAUCCCCAUUCCCCAGCUAGUUAGUUAGCUAGCUAAAGGUGCUAGGUUAGCUAGCUAGCUAGCCAACUAACGUUAACUGCUUCUGCUCCGCCGUUUGCAACUCGUGCUCCACGCAUAUUUCAAACAGAAUACAGAGUCACUGUUGGGCUUGAAGCUGUUUCUGUCUGAAACUAGUCAUGGAGAAAGAUGCUUGUGUGGAGCAGAAGAAUGGGGAUGCUGCUGUGGACCAGCCUAAGCAACAGCCAGCAGCCACAACUCCUUUCAGAUACACCAAGGAGGAGCUUCUGGAAAUAAAAGAAUUGCCAAUCUCCAAUGAAAGGCCUGAAUGUCUCUCUGAGAAAUAUGACAGUGAUGGUGUCUGGGACCCUGAGAAAUGGCACGCCUCACUGUACCCCACAUCAGAGCGAAGCUCUCCGGUGGAAGGUUUUAAGAAGGACUAUGUGGAUGAUAGAGUUCCUCUGAAACGAAGAAUCCCAGAUCCCCGUGAGCGAUUAAAGGAGGACGAUCUGGACGUCAUAUUGAGCCCACAGCGACGCAGCUUUGGAGGGGGAUGUCAGGGCAAUGCUGCACCGGCACUCCACGCCCGUCGCCCAAUCAGCCCACUGGAAAAUAAGGAGAACGAGAGUCUCCGUCUGGGAGGGGCCCGCAGAAUCGGCAGCGGACGCAUAAUUGCUGCCCGAGCCUUUGAAAGAGAAGCUCGCGCGGAGAAGGAGAGGGAGCGUGAGAGAGACUUUAAGGAUAAACGAUUCAGGAGAGAUUUUGGGGACAAACGUGUGUUUAGCGAAAGGAGACGAAACGACUCGUAUGCAGAAGAGGAGCCAGAGUGGUUCUCCGGAGGUCCCACCAGCCAGUCUGAGACGAUUGAGCUUAUUGGGUUUGAUGAUAAAAUCCUGGAAGAUGACAAGCGCAGAUCCAAGCGGUCAAGGAAGCGGCCAGAGUCUGUGAAAGAAGUGGAAUGUAAUGGUGGACAGGCUGAGGAGCAAGAUGUCGGUUUGCAGUCUACAGCUGAUCAAGAAGUUCCCCACCCCGAUGUUCUACCAGAGCAGUCGACCGGAGACUUUGACUUCAAUGAGUUCUUUAAUCUAGAGAAGACCAUGCCUGGGCUGGCCUCUAUGAUAGAGGACGUUUUGGGAGAGGGCCCUGUAUCGGCGAGCCGCUUCAGUCAGUGGUUUUCCAGUAACCUGAGCCCAUCAGGCAGCAGGUCCAGCAGCUUGAGGUCCACUCCUCAUGAGGAGCUGGAAAAGCUAGCAGGGCUUGAUCCACGUUGCACAUCUCCCAGCCAAGGCCCUGCCUCAUACUUCACACCUAUUCAAUCAUCAGAGUGCAAAGAGAAGGUGGACAUCCUGGAGCUGCUGCACAAGGCCAAAAUAGACCUGAAGCCCCUUCUCUCCACCCUCUCAGUCAACAAGGCUCGGCUACGGGAAAGCACUCACUCUGGAGUGGUGCUGUCACUGGAGGAGGUGGAGGGAGAGAUGAAAGGAAUGAAGCUUGGCUCAGAACCACAAGUGCGAAAGGUGCCGCCUCCCCAGAGGGGAAACGGUACGCCCUUCAUGGCCGAGCAUUUAGAGGAGGCUUUAACUGGUGGCACUAGUGUCCGUCCACGCUCACGUGACACGGACAUGUCGGCCUUUAAUAAACUGGUCAGCAGCAUGAAGGCAAGUGGAACUCUGCCAACUCACCCCAAAACCAACACAAACAAUCAAUCUUCAGACCAAGCAGUGGUGACACACUCUGAUGCUCAAGUACCGCCUCAGCAGCAGAAAAACAUAUUCCAGGAGCUGUUGGGAGGUCGCAGCGGGUCCCCCACACAGCUUGGCAGUCUGCUGGGCAGCUCUGAGGCCCCACCAACUUCUGCCCCUCUUCAUGGCCUACUACACAAGGGCCCUUCACCUCCUCUCUUCCCACAGAGGGCCCCCUCACCUGACUUCUUCAAUAGUCGGUUGCAACCUUCGGCAGGGUUCCCUGUUGGUCCUCAGCCCAUGCUGCCAGAACAGUUUGCUGAUGUACACAGGUCUAUCAGUCCUGGAUCUGCUGCACAGCAACAGAUGAGGGCACACCCUAUGCCUGUGAGUCAGGCAGACCUGGAAGCUUUGGCAUUCCAGCAGGACCUUGCCCUACAUGCCCACCACGCUUUCCAGUCGGGCUACAACAAACAACCACAGGACAAGUCAUUUCGAAACAGGCCGCAGCGUGUUAAUCGCUCCCCUGGACCAGGCCCUCAGCCUGCUGGAAGAAACUCUCCAGGAAAUGCUGUCACCAGCAUGUUAUCCCCGUCAUUUACACCCACAUCUGUGAUCCGCAAAAUGUACGCAACAAAAGAGAAAAGCAGAGAUGAGCCAUCAAGUCGUUCAGAGACCAAGGAGGAGGCAGCUCACUCUCAAGAUGACAGCAGUUCCCCGAAUCUAUAUCUGGAGGGAUUGGAUGGGAACAUUGCACAGUCAGGGGGCGUGAAGACUGGCUCACAGAACUUGCCAAGCAAGGACCAAGAGCGUCUCAGGCCUGGUUCUGCUGGACACCAUACGCCCACCAUGGUACCUCCAGGAUCAUCCUCCUCCUUCCCUCGUCCUAUCUACCCAGUACCGCUGCUGUCCCAUGUACCUAUGGUGCGCCCUCCUCCCCAGCUCCACCCUAACGUGGUUCAGCGAAUGCUGGCGCAGGGCAUCCAGCCCCAGCAGCUCGGACCUGCUCUUGUGCAAGCAGGUAUAUUUCCACCACAUGUUGACCUUGCACAACUUCAAGGCUUGCCUCCUGCCCUUCUUGGACAACCGUUGUACCCUCUAAGUGCAACAGGACAUCCACUUCUACCUCCCAGAGCCAAUACUCAGAUGCAGUUAGCAGUAAUGCAGCAGCAUCUUCAGCAACAGAGACCAAUACACCCCAACGUCCCAGGCAGUCAGUCGCAGAGCCAAGGCCCCCACCGGACAAACGGCUCCCAGCGACACGGGGGCAGCCCCCCUCUAGGCCUCGCCAAGUGGUUUGGAUCAGAUGUGCUAGAGCAGCCACUCCCCUCCAUGCCGGCCAAGGUUAUAAGUGUAGAUGAGUUGGAGUUCCGGCCAUAAGAAAAUAAACACUGUGCUGGAAUGUGAGAUUUUUUUUUUUUCCCUUUGCCCAUCUCCACCUCCUCGUUACCAUGAAAAUGUGAACUUUAAUUUGAAAGACGGUGCACAGAAGGGGACAUUCUACCCAUACCAUGCUUUGUCUUCAACCUUGAAGUCACUGCUUUUGAAGAGGCAAAUGUUGGAGAUUUGUUUUGCCAGCUGAGUGAUUUAUUUUUUUUUCUUUUUGUAUUAGACUCUGCACAUAAUUAAUGUAUAGGCCCAGUUGUACAGACCAUGGGAAAGAAUCUUAUUCUCCGUGUAUAUAGGUAUGGUGUUUUUCUUGAUAAGGUGAAACAAUCCAGCAGUUGAAUUGACAACUGCGAGAGACAAAGUCACCAAGAGCUGGUAGCAUUCCUUUGUCGUGUCCACCUUAAUUUCCCUCUGAGCUACACGGAGUAAGGGCCACUGCUGUAACUUCUGUGAAUACUCCACCUUUCCUUUUGUGGCAUGACUGGUGGCCCUUUUCUGUAGAAGUGGAGUAUCUCAAGACACCUCCGGGGAUGCAGCGAGCUGGUUGUGCCUUUGUGUUUUUGUUUAUUUUGUUCCCCCCCCACCUCCCUUCAAACUGUAUCCUCGCCAGUCCUACUUAUCACUUGGGGGGCAGCACUGCUCACACUGUCGUUUUUGAGGGUGGUUGGGAUUCAGUUUGUUUGUGUGCUACUAAGUUAUAAAAAGCACAAUAGAAUUAAUAAAUAAACUCUUGAGUAAAACA